AUGCGGGAAAUGGUUGGUGGUUGCUGCGUGUGUUCCGACGAGCGAGGAUGGGCUGAGAAUCCGCUCGUUUACUGUGAUGGACACGGCUGUAACGUCGCCGUACAUCAAGCAUGCUAUGGCAUCGUCCAGGUGCCCACGGGUCCGUGGUUCUGUCGUAAGUGUGAGUCACAGGAGAGGGCAGCAAGAGUGAGGUGUGAGUUAUGCCCUCACAAAGAUGGCGCUCUCAAGAGGACAGACAGCGGAGGUUGGGCUCACGUUGUGUGUGCACUCUACAUACCUGAAGUGCAGUUUGCCAAUGUCCUCACCAUGGAACCCAUCAUCCUACAGUAUGUUCCACAUGAGCGGUAUAUGAAGACGUGUUAUAUCUGUGAAGACCAUGGUAGAGAGAGCAAGGCAGCUUGUGGAGCAUGCAUGGCCUGCAACAGACAGGGUUGCCGACAGGCUUUCCAUGUCACCUGCGCUCAGAUGGCAGGCCUGCUGUGUGAGGAGGAAGGCCCUGAAGCUGACAAUGUGAAAUAUUGUGGCUACUGCAAGCAUCACUACAACAAAAUGCAGAAGAAACGACGUUCUGGUGAAAACGCAAGUAAUGCAUUCAGUCAUUCCAGGGGGCGCUCGACUUCUCCAUCACAGGACAAACAUCACUAUCACAGGCAGAGAAAGAGUCAUAAGGAUAAGAUACGACAGAAAGAGCGCCACAAGAAGUCAUCUGACAACCAAUCACUGAUGUCUGGUAGUAUAGACAUGCUCUCUUCCAGUCACCACACUUCCAAAGACAGUGAGGGCAAGUCAAAGAAGCUGAUGUCGCACAGUCAUGGUCACCACAGUAAGAAAACAGGAAGCAACAGUAAGAGUGGCUCCUCCUCUUCCUGCUCCUCCAGUCCAUUUAAUCCAGGUGGGGCUCUGUCUUCAGCUCAAGAUUUUCAUCAGUACUCCUCCUCGUCACGUCCUGAGCGGGACCACGAGCGAGGAAGCGGCGACCACAGCGGAGAAGAUCGCAAAGAACAUCACAGGAGGCCAGCAGUCCAGGGGACCGAAGAAGACAAUGAUAAGGGGGAGGACAAAGAUGAGGAGGAAGACGAGGAUAACAAUUAUUAUGAGCCGCCAGCGUUGACUCCCGCUGAAGGCCCUCUCGCAGGGUCACAGGGUCAUGAUCGGUCUGAUGGAAACGCAAGCCCUUUCGAGAACAAGGUCACAAUUUCAACUUUUGGAUCCAUCAUGCGGAUCACCUCCACAUCAGUGCUGGGUAGUAGCAGUAAGAUCCGCAAGAUGUCCUCUUCAGGAGACUACAAACCUUCCAAAUCUCUGUGCAAGAUUUCGCAAAUGAGUACACCGCCUAUCCCAGAAGAAGCAGAGCUUGAGGAUAAAACUAACCCGCCACCAUUGUCCCAAGAGAGAAGACAUCGCGGCAACAAAAAGAGCCGCCAUGGUCCAGGCCGACCUCGAGGAAGCAAAAACCGAGAGAGGAAAGAGGACAGUCAUCAUCACAGCACUGCACCUCCACCACCACCGGUUUUCACCUCCUCAUUGUACCCGAACCCAGUGUCAGUUCCUCACCUCACCUUCCCCUCGUCACUGUCCAACACCACAGCUUCCUCCUCUUCAUUCUCAUCCUCGUCAGCAAGCAGUUUUUCCACAAGCCGUGGCAACUCGCUGCUUGGCCCGGGUAUCUAUUCCAGUCUAAAGAACCCUCUUUCACUGGGCGGGGGCAUCUGCAGCACCUCCUUGUCCCUGGCUGGGGGCAUGUGUAGCACCUCUCAGUCAUCAGGACUCCUCCCAAGUCAUGCACUAUCACACUCUAUCCAAUCAAGCAACGCUGUUUCAAUACCACAGGUGCAUCCAGGUUCAAGCAGCUCCUACAGUGUGAGCUCUACGCAACCUUUCAUCACUGGUCUUUCCACACUGCCACCACUGCUGAGUCAAGCCCCAACUUCAUUGCCAGAGUCAGACCUUGAUGACUGUCGCUUCCCAUGUCAGGGAAACUCACCAAGGGAAAGUCUUUGCUCACAGUCUCCUAUGAGCUCCCUUCCUCUUCUGUUUGACCAGAGAGAUGGUUUAGGUGCAGGAGUUCAAGCAUGUCCCGAAAACAUACCCCAGACAAGCUCCCACAUAGAGCUCCUAUUGGAGAAACAUAGCAACGGAGAAAUCGGUGUAAACAUCGUAGACAUACUCCAGUCACUUCACUCGCUGCAGCAGGAGAACCAGCGGCUCCAGGACCAGAUUCUCAGUCUGACAGCCAAAAGGGAGCGACUGCAGUUACUUAAUACUGAAUUGGCCUUACCUUUCCCUCAUGCGCAUUCUGUCCAAGGCUCUUUCCAUACUGCCGCCCGGAUCAACUUUUUGUCCUCAGGCCAAGACCCUCUAAUCACCAAACAGAGCCCCCUGUCGAAGAGCAGUUUCCUUAAUGACACUUCCUUUGUUACCUCCUCUGAGGAUCUCCGCUCUGGUAGUCCGUCCCGCAGUAGCUCUUCCCUGUCCUUCCAGAGUACUCCUCCUCCACAGCAAAGCCCUGCCACAAUGAGUCAACCAGUGAUAAAUGGGCGAGGUUCGAGUGAAAUUUUGGGGCAAAUCAAUCAGGGUGGCACAUCAACUCAGUCUGUGGCAAGCGGGCAACUCACAUCUCUUGCAGGAAGCCCUCAGCUGAGCAUGAAUGGGGCCCUUAGCGCUUUAAACGGUGUGAUACAUUCUCCUGUCCAGAGUGCCUCCCAGUCCACGCUCCCUGCUCUGCGCCCCCAGCCGCCUCCACUCAACCCACAGACAAUGGCACAGAGCUUUCAACUUCCCAAGAGUGGGAGCCCGUCUUCAGUCCCGUCAGAGCAGCAGAAACAGAUCAUUCUUGAGCAGCAGCAGCAACUUCAGCAGUUCCUCACGUCACAGAACUUUACUCCUGAGCAGAGGGCGGUUGUAUGCCAGAUACUUCAGCAGCAGAGGCAGAGGGAGCUGCAGCGCCUCACACUGGCUGGAGCCCUCACGUCCACAGCAAACUCCUCCAUAUUGGCUCAGUCAACCAACCUGUUGCCCUCAGCGACCACCUGCCCCCUGCAGGGCAGUCAGGGAGGUAACCUCUUUGUCCGACAGGAGGGCAGCCUUCACAAGUCUGUUCCAGGAGAGAAGGGGGGAGACAAGAAUGGAUGA